GACUGAGUUGAGUAUCCCGCAGCCUUUUCCUCCUCUUGUUCGCCUCACCCUCGUUUCCAAUUUUUUUCCUCGUGAGAAUUUUUCCGGACUUCACGUGCGCGAGUGAGGACAGUUAUAUCAUGGGGGGUACUAACUGGUCGACCUGUUCUUCGUAGACGGCGGCUAGACGUGGUGUCUAGGUGGCCACGAGUAAGAGGGAGAGACGGAAUUAAAAAGAGAGAAAGUGGUGGUUGGCUGGUGCUGGUGCCAUUGUGACAGGCGGCGUGGUGCUUUCCGUGCUUUUUCGACGAUCGGCUCUGAUUCGCGAAAGUUGGAAAAAUUGUAGGAUCCGAAGUGCUGGGAGCCCCACUCCGAGGAAAGAGGAAAUAUACGCCGACAAAACAUGGGGAGAGGGACGUCACUGUAAGUAAAUAUUACAGUGCAGUGCAGUUGUUGGGCAGUGUGCCGUCCCAACUCAUGGAAAUCGAGAGUGCGGCGCGUGUCCACGGCCCACGUCGACGAGAUCGAGAUGAUUUUGCUCGGGGAGCUUUUCCGAUGAUAAAGUGUGAUAAAUACGAGGUAUCAGAUUGACGGCUUGCAAUGAAUUUCCCGCCGUUCGGAGGCCACUUUCCCGGUACUAUACCAAGCAUCCAUCAGUUUACGACUGAUGGAUCUGGGGGUGCAAGUGCUCGGUAUGCGAACCACUUCCCUAAUCAGCCUCCAAUUGGAGUGCCGGUUAUGGGAAAGUACCGACCAGAGUCAAACAGUGUUCAAACUGCCCAGUCCCAAGUGAUGAUGAACAACAAGUCCUCCUAUCCAAAUAGCAAUAUUCAUCACUACGCAAACGUUCCGUACUCUCAAGCUCAGCCUGUUCAACAACGCCCUUCAAAUUCACCUGGCAUGCAAGAAAAGCGAUCCUAUCAUCAGGCGACAGAGACAAUAAAUCAGCAAGAUGUCUGCAAUCUCUUGCAGGACAAGGAUAAGAGCAAGGACAAAAAGUCGGAUGAUCAGCGAAAUGGCGAGGCAGCAACAAACGGUCAACAAGACUAUACGAUGCAUCAGCAUCAUCAACAACACGCUCAUACUCAAACACCAGCCACGAUGCCAGCAACGUGGCAAUCGCUCGCAGCUCCUGGUUCCACCGUCGCCGAUUACCUGAGUCAUUUGCCUGCUAGUACUUUACCUCUCAGUUUACACCAUUUCCUAAAGUAUUCUGCGGAGAGUAUCAAAAAAGAAUCCGAAAUGGCGCAAACCACUUCGGUUGCUGUUGCAACUACGACAACUCCUAAUAUCAUGAUGUCUCCCAACAAUAAGAAGAAAAAGAAGAAGAAGGCACCAAAGGAGAAGAAACCACGUCCGAAGCCAGGAGAAAUUCGCCUGACGACCGCCUUGGACGGUUCGACAUUGUACUGCUGUCCGGAAUGCCACAUGGCAUAUCCAGAAAGAGAUCUUUUGGAGCAACAUCUCCUGGGCCACACACUUGAAAGAAGAUUCGUCUGCGAUAUUUGCGGCGCUGGACUGAAGCGAAAGGACCAUCUGACUCGUCACAAGCAGAGUCAUAACCCUGAAAGACCUUAUGUUUGCACCGUUUGCCUUAAGGCUUUUAAAAGAAAGGAACAAUUGACACUGCACUUUGUUAUACACUCAGGAGAGAAGAGACAUGUCUGCACGGAGUGCGGAAAGGGAUUCUACAGGAAGGAUCAUCUGCGGAAACAUACCAGGAGUCAUAUUGCCAGACGAGUUAAGGCUGAACUCAGUCAAAAUGCUGCGGGCAGCCAGCAGAACCAACAACCGAACAAUGUCACGAGUAUGCAAACAGCAGCAGUGACAACAUCUACUGUUCUCCCAGGUGGGCAUCCGGGGCCUCUCCUGUCCUGAGCCCCGCCACCAGGGAACUUUCAGGUUCCCCAUCCCAACAACAUCAUCCAUCAACAUACACCACAUACGCUGCACCAUCAUCACUUGACGGCUGUCAACGUAGCGCAUCAAUCCAGUGUAACUCCUCUCGCCGCUCCGAGUCAUUAUCAAGCGCACGAGCUCAGCUUUCUAGGACACGUCAAAGAUUUCUGAGAGCACGGGAAUACCUCCUCAAAGAGGUAACAAGACUUUGGAUGACGGAAUGCUAGGGACGGAUUUUCUUACGCUUUUCGCGGUUCGUGACCUUCUCACACAGGAAAAAUUCUUUCGCCCUCCUCAUUUUCGCUUCAUUCACAAAGAACGCAAAAACGAAUCGUCGAAAAUUAACCAGAGGAUUGAGGAUAAUUUGCCGCAGAAGACGUUAACUGCUAAAGCGUAUGCGUGGAAGAAACCAAAUUUUUUCCUUAGAAACUUAAGAUAGAAGUCCGACUCGCAGAGUCUGCUUAUACUUGCGUGCGAGAGACAGAACAUAUUUUUAUGGUAGCUCAAGACAAAUAUGAGAAUUUUAGCCCAGGCGCAAAUAACGCUGUUGUGAAGAAAUAAUUGUCUUUUGUUGCGUAGCUGAUUUUAUUAAGGCGAUGAAUCAAAUCACUUUCUUACUACGAGAAAUAAAAAAUUGGCUCAACAUUUAAAUUUGGACAACUUCUGGCGUACCGAUACGUGACCAUUCAUCCAAUUGAAAGAGGACUUUCGUUUUCUAUAAGUAAAAAGCGAUCUGAUUUAUUUUUUAAAAACAAUUCUCCAUUCUAGCUUUAGCUGGGGAAUCAGCGUAGUGAUAAUACGAUGAAA